CUGACCCGUACGUGAAUUAAAACUUUCACCAUUGCAUCUCCAUUCGCCAUGGAUAACUGCGUACCAGAUACAAAAAUGACCACCAGAAAAAGAGACCGUUACGUCAUAUUUUCCAUGUGCUCUUUUACUUUAUCGGUCAUUUCAAUUGUGUUGGGUUUUGCUCUGUUUACGAGAAUAGAAAGUGUCGCCCGAGACUUGAGGACAAUGGACACGAAAUUCUCACUGCAAAUUCAGCAAAUCCGAGACAUUCUAAGAGAAAGUUCAGCCUCUUCCCGCGGGAGCGAAAACUUUGACACAUCAAAUGCCAUCCGAUACAAAAUUCCAGUUGUUCGUCGCAGCGUGGAUACAGUUAACGGCAAUGAAUCGAUUAGCCUCUAUGACCUUGGAGAGUCCAUCAAGAGAUACGUGCGAUCGAUUAUGAAAGGAUAUAUUUGUCAAAGUCCAAACAGGGUUUGCGUGGCAGGGUCUCCCGGACCAAUAGGAGCUCGUGGUCUUCCAGGAAAGAGAGGGCCUGAAGGAAUCAGGGGGAAGAAGGGAACGCGAGGAAUUGUGGGACCUCCAGGAAAACCGGGAGAGCAAGGUAUCAAGGGAGAUAUUGGCCCUCAAGGAAUCAAGGGAGAAAAAGGAAACCCAGGGACACCUGGACAACCAGGAGCUAAAGGUGAACCAGGCGAGUCCUUAUCUGCACCAAAGGUGACUGUAUCACCGACUUCAGACACUGUUACUGAAAACCAAACUGCCACGUUUUAUUGCUCAGCUAAUGGGAAUCCAACGCCUACCGUCACCUGGAGUAGAACAGGUGAUACGAAACCAAUUUCAAGCCGACAUAAUAAGUUAGAAAUCACAAAAGCUACAUAUAAUGACUCGGGAAAUUAUGUUUGCACGGCCAAGAACGUAUUGGGUGAGGUGCAAAAGCAGGUGAAGCUCUUUGUGGAAGUUCCUCCACGAUUCACAAAAACUCCAAACAGAGUCAUUAAAAUCAACAGAGGUAAAAAGGCAUCUGCUUCCUGCCAAGCGUUUGGAUUUCCUUCGCCAAAAAUAGUUUGGUCAAGAGGACUUGUCCCGUUACCACAAGAUAGAACAAGUGUCAGCAAUGGAACUCUAGAUAUAUCACACUUUGAUCUUAAAGAUUCUGGUACGUACCGAUGUACCGCGUCCAACAAGCUGGGAUCUGUCAGUGCUCUGACAACCUUAUAUUAUAUACACAUAGAUUUUAAGGCCGUCUUUACCAACCUUGGUGCGAGUGGAAGAUUUGGUCCAACAUCGCCUGGUAGUCACUACGCUAAUCAGGAUCAUGACGGACAAGUUACACUGUCCAGCGGUAUUCAACAGUGGACUGUGCCGUACACUG